GCCAAGGGCGCGGACUCAAAAGGGCCCACUCAGCUUGGCAGUGGGCAGUGGUCAACGGCAACGGCAACUGCAACUGCAAGAGCAACAGCAACCGCAACAGCAAAUGCAACACCGCCACUGAAUCUCAACAAUCGACACAAGUGCAAUCACAGCGGCAGCAACAUCAGAAACCAAACAAAAAUACGCAACAUAAAUGAAGUUAACAAUCUGUCAAAUUGCUAAAUUAUUUCUGCUGUUGACAGCCUUCUUCUUUCUCACUUCCCCCAGCACAGCCUCCUUAGCCCUCGGCUCGCCCCCCACCUCCUCCCCCCUUCCUCCCUCCCCGGCGGGUGUCCUUGUCCUGCGGGCUGCCAAGACAGAGACGGACUUUGCUGCGGCCACGCGGACUUCCCCAGCGACAGCGGCAGCAGCAACAACACUCGGCAGCAAUUCAAUUUGGCCACCAGCAACACGAACAAAGAGCCCACGUAAUGCGCGUGAGUCUGAACGUCAGAGACGUCAAGAGCAACAGCCCGCAGCAGCCCGUCAGCAACUGCAGCAACAGCAGCAACAGCAGCAACAGCAACAGCAGCAACAGCAACAACAGCAACACAAGCGCCAGCAACAACAUCAGAGCCCAGAGCAACAUCAGCUGCAACAGGGACAGAAACGUCAACGGCGGCAACAUCAAAAGCAGCGACUGGGCGUUUUAAUUCCCCCGCUGCACGUUGAUAUGACGCAUGUGCAACAGGGCUUCCAGAGCUUCCUCGACUUUUUCCAGCUGCAUUUAUCUAAUGUCAGCGUCGAUUUUCUACGUGACGUGGAUUUAAGUGGCUUCAUUAAAUUACUCGAGCUGCCCCAAUACACGAGCGUUGUAAAGACUUUAAAUGCGGGCAUUAAUGCGGACGCCGACGUGGACGAGGAUCUGAACGUGAAUGCGAACAAGGGCCGCAGCGUUAUUCGGGGUGCGAAUAUGGACGUUGACCCGCCCAGCCGGCCACGUCAGCAGCAUCAGCCACAUCAGCAAAUAUUGCAGCAGCAGCAGCACCAGGAGCAGGAGCAACUCCGUCAUCCUCAGCAGGACGCCAAGGCAACCGCCGGGAACUUAGAGGGCCGGUGGAACGACGUCCGCAGCUUCUCGGGUCACUGCCAUCAGCUGGCCGAGCAACUGGCCCACGACUUCAACAAGACCGUCGUCCUGUGGCCGUGUCCGCGAAUGAAAAUCUCCAGCAACUUUCUGCCAUCCUUCGAAGCCAUUUCCCUGGCUGUUCAGAGUAUUUCGGCCAAGUUGAACUGGACGCAAGCGGAUAUCUAUGUCGGCGACGACAAUUGGGGCCUAGGACUGGCCAUAGCAGCCAACUUGCAUGUGCCGUAUCGCAUCGAAAUUGGCAGGACAAUACGUGAGCUGCAUUCGCUGGACAAGCCGGGCAAAGCCAUUAUUAUCACCGCCCCGCUGAGCGAUGCGAGCACCACACGCCUGCUCGCCUCCAUCGGGGCGGAGUGGGCGCGGCAGGCGGAGAAGGAUGCGGGGGACUCGGGCGAGAGGAGGCAGCACACCAAAGUGUUGCUCAUCGACAUGGCUGCCAGCUCGUUGGACGUCCAGCACCGGUUCUACAAAUAUUUGGCGCGGAUGGGGGGGACGACGGCAAGGAGGGAGACCCUGGGCAACACGAGCUCGUCCGCCGGAGUGGUCAGCAGCAAUCUGUUGGUGCUGACGCUGCUGAGCGACAGGCACCGGCUCUUCCUCAACGCGGCCGGCCUGAUGUCAGCCAUGCAGAAUUUUCGCACGCCCCUCGGAAAUGUGGGGCGUGGAAACCACUCGGAACCACUGCCCACUCGCCAUCGCAACAACAGCCUGGACAAGCUCUUCCCGCAUCGUAGCCUCUUCCCGCUCUACGACGCCGUAGUGGCCACAGCCACUGCCGCCGAAGCGGACUCCCCCGAAGCGAGUCCCAAAUACGAUUUCGUGGUGCUGGACAUCGUUAGGGAUGUCCUGCUGGCCAGUUACAAGUGGCGGCCCCUGCUCAUCCUCGAGGGCGGCAGGGGGAGCGGCGAGGGGGGGGCCAGGGGGCGGGCGGGCGGCGCCUACAUCACCCACUCCGUGCAGCCGGGCUACGACGAGUGGCUGCUGGUCAGCAGCGUCCUUUUGUGGCAGUGUGGCGCCAUCUGCUGGACCAUCGCGGCGAUCUGCGUCGGCCUGCUGGCCAUCAUCGUUGUGGGCAUCGUGGCCGCAGGAGUCGCCAUGAGAAAUUACUUCUUACGAAAGCGUCUCUCCAAGGGACCCAACAAAAUAGUCCUUUCCGCCAGCGACUUCGUCUUUCCCGUGGAUUCGCGAAGGGUGGACGAGGGCAUAGAGGCCAUGCUCUGCUGUUGGCUGCAGCAGCUGCAGGAGUUCGGCGGCCCGGAGGUGGACAAGCCCGACCUCCUCAAGGGCUCCAUUGGCUCCCUGAAGAACCUGGGCUUCGUCAUUCCGGGGGCAGCCGCACCGGGCAGUUCAGCGGGAGCGAUCACGGCCACGGCGAACGGGAAGGGCGGAUCCUCCGCCGCGGGCAGUCUGGCCAGGCACAACCCCGCCCACCUGGACAUGAGGGCGCGCUACAACGGCGACCUGGUCCAGCUGAAGGAGGUGCAGCUGAACGGCUCCGCGGAGCUGCGCUCCAAGGCGAUGGACCUGCUAGUGAUGGCCCACGGGCUGAGGCACGAGAACAUCAACCCGCUGAUCGGCUGGCUGUCCGACCCCCACCGCACGGCCAUGGUGUUCGACUACUGCUCCAGGGGCUCGCUGCAGGACGUCCUGAUCAUGGACGAGAUCAAGCUGGACUGGUCCUUCCGGCUGAGCCUACUCACCGACCUGGUGCGGGGCAUGCGGUACCUGCACACCUCCCCACUGCGGGUCCACGGGGCCCUGACCUCCAGGAACUGUGUGGUGGACGCCCGGUGGGUCCUCAAGAUCACCGACUACGGCCUGAACUCGUUCUACGAGACGCAGGGACUGACGCCGCGGCCCCGGAGCGCCAAGGAGCUGCUCUGGACGGCCCCGGAGCUGCUUCGCAGCAUGAAGCUCCACCAGCAGCAGCACCACCACCACCACCAGCACGGGCGGGUGCACCUGGGCACGCAGCUCGGCGACGUCUACUCCUUCGGGAUCAUCAUGCAGGAGGUGGUGGUCCGGGGCGAGCCCUACUGCAUGCUCUCUCUGGCGCCCGAGGAGAUCAUCGCCAAGAUCAAGAAGCCCCCACCUCUGAUCCGGCCCUCCGUGUCCAAGGGGGCCGCUCCGCCGGAGGCCAUCAACAUCAUGCGCCAGUGCUGGGCCGAGCAGCCCGACAUGCGACCCGACUUCAACUCAGUUUACGAGCGCUUCAAAAUGCUGAACCACGGACGCAAGGUCAACUUUGUGGACACCAUGUUCCAAAUGCUCGAGAAGUACUCGAACAACCUGGAGGAGUUGAUUCGGGAGCGCACCGAGCAACUGGACAUCGAACGAAAGAAGACUGAACAGCUGUUGAAUCGCAUGUUGCCAAGCUCGGUUGCUGAGAAGCUGAAGAUGGGCUUGGCCGUCGACCCAGAAGAGUUCUCCGAUGUCACCAUAUACUUCAGCGACAUUGUUGGUUUUACAACAAUUGCAGCCCAUUGCAGUCCGGUGCAGGUUGUGGAUUUGCUCAACGAUCUGUACACGAUCUUCGAUGCCACGAUCAAUGCCUACAAUGUGUACAAGGUGGAAACUAUUGGCGAUGCGUACAUGGUGGUGAGCGGGCUGCCAGUGAAGAUUCCCGAUCACGCCGAGCAGAUAGCCACCAUGGCCCUGGACCUGCUGCACCAGAGUGGUCGCUUCAACGUGAAGCACCUACCCGGAGUGCCACUGCAGCUGAGGAUCGGGCUCCACACGGGUCCCUGCUGCGCAGGCGUGGUGGGCCUCACGAUGCCCAGGUACUGUUUGUUCGGCGACACGGUCAACACGGCUUCGCGGAUGGAGUCCACAGGGUCCUCCUGGCGAAUCCACAUGUCCCAGGAGACCAGGGACCGACUCGAAGCUCGUGGUGGCUACGCCAUCGAGCCAAGGGGCCUCAUCGACAUCAAGGGCAAGGGCAUGAUGAACACCUUCUGGCUGCUGGGGAAGAAGGGGUUCGACAAGCCGCUCCCUGCACCACCUCCUAUUGGGGAGUCGCACGGCCUGGAUGAGUCCCUCAUCCGCAACUCGAUCACCCUGAAGGCGCAGGCCAACAAGUCCCGGACGAGCACGAAUCCCUCCUCGUCGCAGAGCUCCUCGUUAGCCGGGGAGUCCGUGGAGGUGAAGGUCGAGAUAACGCCGCCGACCAACGCCGACCUCGGCUCCGGGGCCAAUCUGCCCAACUCGUACUCGCUGGACUCGAACUCAACCAACACCAUCAGCCCGAACGCCACCCUCUGUCCGGAGUUUCCCGGCAAGGCGACGCCCAGCAGCACGAGUCCGCAGUCGCGGAAGCUCUCCGAGAUGCCGCCGGACAACCUGCUCAACCCGAACAGCUUCAACCGGCUGCCGAGCUCCACGGGCGGCUCCAGCUCGCGCCUCUACAAGAAGAUCGAGGAGCUGAUGGACCUCAGCUCGCCGUACAACCACUACAAAUGCCUCAGUCCCAGCGAGAGCAACCUGACCCAGUUCUACGACGGCAAGUACCUCUAUGGCAGUGCGGGGGGCGGGACGGGCGGCGGGCAGGGAGGAGGCGGCGGCGGCGGCAGCGCCUGCAUCUCGGCGGUCGGAUCCGGAAGCGGCGGCGGGGGAGCCGCCCGGUUCGACAGCAAGCCCGGCUCCAGUCGCCUGCUGCGUCGGCAGUUCAGCCUGGACCGCGACGACCAGCAGGCGAAGGGAGAGCAGCAACACCACCAGCACCACCAGCACUCCCUGCAGGCCACCACCUACGCUUCCUUGGCGGGAGCAGGCGGCGCGGGGGGGACGAAGUGCUCCAUGCUGGACAUACCCCUGCUGCACGACACCUCCCGCAGUCCGAAGAGCACGCUGACGCGGGCCCACAAGCAGAACUCGGCCUCGAUCACCCAGGACCUGGAGAAGAUCGAGGAGAUCCCGCUGUCGCCGGCCUCCUCGCAGCACCACAGCAGCCUGGACAGCAACCUCAACCGCAGUCCGCCCUCGACGCUGGAGGCGCAGUCGCCGCCGCUGCCGCCCCUCAGCCCGCCGCAGCUCUCCGCCCCCGCCUCGCCCGCCCCCUCGCGGACCCUGAACGGGCAGUACGCCCACAGCAGCGGCUCCAGCUCGCAGACGGCGCCCGACAACAACAACGGUCCCCGGUCCGGCCCGGAGCUGACCCUCAACGUGGAGCAGCUGCUGAGCAGAUAGGGCACAAUCUAAGCCCCGGGCAAGGGGCUGCGGUCAAAGCUUUAGGUCUCAUCCGAACCCACUUUGAAUGUGCAAUUCUGUGUGUGUGUGUGUGUGUGAGUAUGUGUGUGUGGGGUUGGGGUUUCGCGGGGAAGUGUGCUACAACGCCCUUGCUCCACUUAAGCACUCAUGCCACUGUUUCCAGUGUUUCAUUUCACAGUUUCAUGCCACUCUUCCAGAUGGAAACGUUUGUUCCUUGAAACGGGUGAGAGUGCGGCAGUGGAGAAAUUGAAACGCACAAUAUUACCGAUAUAACCGAUUACCGAUUACCGAUUACGGGUCUAACACCACAUUGGGAUUUCAUUGAUAAAGUUUUGAGUCAGUGCCAAAAUUCGUCAAACCUUAGUUACUCAGUUCCUAGGUUGUCUUUUGCAAUGCAUAAAUUGACAAAAGUUAAAUGGUUUUGAAAGCCAACUAAUAUCUCGGACUUCGAAAAGUAGUAAAUCCAAGUAUUUUGUAGAGAGGAAAAUUGUGUAUGGAGUACCCUUCCCCAACUGCCUGCACCACCCCACGGAAUCACCUCAUCCCAGAGUGAAGUGUGAGUUUAUGAAUGUCAAUGAUUUGAAAAUGUUGUGAUGUGGAAAGCAAAGUACCUCGAUGAACGGCAGCACAGUUCCAGCUGCAAAUGAAAGUACAAUUUAUUUGAGCAUUAGUUCAAAAUGUCACUGUCCAUUGUCCAUAGCAAAAUACGUAGACCUUAGAUGCAAUCAGGCUUACUUACACUCGCAGUCAACUUGGUUUCCGGUGUUUUACUUUGUGUUACCAUAAUAGUUGAAAACAAUUCAUUUGACUAAAAUUUAAAAAAUAUUUGUUUUGUGUAUUGAACCUAAAAGAAAGGCAUCAACAACUUAGUCAACAUAGUCAUGUCCAUCUAUUAUUCCUUUUGGUUUGAUUUGGUUUGUGAUUUGGUAGAUGAGAAUCGGGAUAAUAUUCCUUGAUUUGGGGAUAAUCAGGGGUCAGGGGCCUCUUAUCGUUAAAAACUUAUAGAAAAAUUGUUUUGGUACUAGUGGUAUAAAAUCCGUUAUCGAUCUAACUAACUAUAAAUCAACUCUAACCCAAUAUAAAGCUAACUUCAUCACACAUUCAUACAAUGUCGGCAAAUUAGGUGUCAAACUCGAUGUGUUAGAAACAGAAGCUUUAUAUCUGAAUUUUCAUAUUCGUAUUCAUUUUUUUUAGUGCAUACCUGCUAAAUUUAUAACCGCCAGAUCGAAGUAAAUUUGAUAUUGUAAAUCUGGAAAAGUAACAUUUUUUACAAAAUUGUAUUAACAUUUCUGAAAUCCUAAAAAAAAAUAGAUUUAUGUCUGAAUUUUUAAGUGACAAUUACUUAUAAAUAAUUGCAGGUCGGAUUCUUUUCUUUGUAAUGUGUUAACAUUUUAUAAAAUUUUAUUUAAAAUUCAGAUCUCGUCAAGACUUUUACAUCACGAAAUCCAUUCUUGUAUACUAAAAAAAUUGCCAACAUUUUUUCAACCACUUUAACAGCUUCACAAUAUAUUUUUCUUAUCUUCACCGUUUCGACCUAACAACUGAGGGCAAUAGCAACAAGGCCUUUCACAAAGUUUCAGACAUUAUAAUACCCGCCUACAAAAACCAUGUGGUCCAGGAUCCUUUCAAAUUGUUCUUUAUUUGACUGAUUUUAAUUUAGCAACUAGACAGGCAGAUGGACAUGGAUAUUUGGUUGCUUUAUUGAUUUGCUAUUUAAAAUGAUUAUUCUUGACGGUUUUCUUUACCUUUUUCUUUACUUUACCAAAUGAAAUCAUAAUUUGUAAGGCAAAAGUCAAAAUUGUAAAAGAUGCUUGUAACAUAAGAGUUAAACAAUCUCAUUAAAACUAAAAACCAAAAACUCAAACUUAAUAUUUCGAAUUGAUUCGAAAGUAGCAUUAUAUAGAAUUACUUCAUCUGUAUAUCUGAUCUGAAUACUCCGGCUGAUUUCUUUGUUCCGCUAGUGCGAGUUUUCAAUUAAACUAAACGUAGGAUACAUACCUACUUAGAAAUAUGUGUACAUGAUGUUCCUUUUAAAAAUCAAAGAAAUAAUUAGAAUAUAGAUUCUGAAGGAAUAUUAGUAAAACUAGCGAUGAUGUAAACAUAACUAUGGAAUAAGCAUCGAGUACGUGAAUUUAGUUUUCUAAAGACAAUCGUUAUUACUUUUAAAUAAAAGCAAACCAUGAAAACAGGAAUAUUCCCAAUGGGAUCGAGAAUGGUUCGCCUCCGUGUCUAUGAAAUAUGAUAUAUUUUGUAACCGCUCUACGAUAGCCUAGUUGUACUGUAACCGAGCAUAAACUAAAAGUAUCCACUUAGAGGAAAUCAACCUAAAAUAUCAACUCUAAUAUACACAUACAUAUAGACUAUAGUUUCUAUCUAAUUUCAUUGAAUGCCAAAUCGAACUAAAACACAAACAUUUUGUAACCAAACCUAGCUCUAAGGGAAUUCAGAUUGCAUCAACAAACUAUUUCAUUUGAUAUCUACCAUUGGUUUCAUCCUUACUGGCUGCUCAAAUAAACGACAAUUAAUAUGUCAAUUAAGGCAAACCCAAACAUUGAAAAACUGCAGAAAAAAUAAAGUGUAUAUUUUCCCGA